GGAGGCAGUAGCGCUGCCAGCAGGGGGGACGAGGCAGCCAAACGAGAUUGGCUUUACAGGCUGAAGAUUAAAUGUAGGAAGAGCUGAUGUGCACACACAGACAGAGAGAGAGAGAGACUGGGAACUGGGGCAGGUGCACGUCACUGGGUCUUUGAGGUGUAAGGUUCAUUUGCACUAAUCCAGAUCGCUUGGCUCGCUCGGCUGUGCCUAUGUGAGCGUGCACGGUUCCAUACCCCCGACGAAGGACUGGGAAGACCUUAGGCGCCCACCCCAGUCCUUGGGACUAUAUCUGCUGUCCGGACAGAAGAUGCCAACGAAUGGGAUCCACCAGCUUCUGAAGAUCCAGUUUGGCUUGAUUAACUCUGACAACAGGUACCUGACGGCAGAGAGCUUUGGCUACAAGGUCAACGCCUCGGCGCCCAGCCUGAAAAGGAAGCAGAUAUGGACCCUGGAGCAGGACGGAGACAGCUCCGUAGUCUUCCUGAAGAGCCACCUAGGUAGGUACUUAUCUGCCGACAAGGACGGCAAGGUCUCGUGUGAAGCCGAGAAGCCGGGAGGUGAUGGGCGUUUUGUCAUUGUCACCCAGUCGGACGGGCGCUGGGCGCUCCAGUCAGAACCCUACAAGCGUUUCUUUGGCGGUUCCGAAGACAGGUUGUCCUGCUUUGCCCAGACCAUCACGGAAACAGAGCUCUGGGCUGUGCACUUGGCUAUCCACCCCCAGGCCAACCUCUUGAGCGUGAGCAGGAGAAGGUAUGCGCACCUCAGCGCUCAGGAGGAUGAGAUCUCCACCGACAGCAACAUCCCUUGGGGUGUGGACUCGCUCAUCACCCUCACCUUCCAGAACAAGAAGUACUGCCUGAGAACCUGCGACAACCGCUACCUGCGCAACGACGGCACUCUGGUCAAGGAGCCUGACCCCCGCGCGGGCUACACCUUGGAAUUCAAGGCGGGCAAGCUGGCCUUCAAGGAUUGCGAUGGGAAAUACCUGGCGCCCAUGGGACCUACCGGCACUCUAAAAUCUGGCAGGAGCUCCAAGCCGGGCAAAGAUGAACUCUUUGAUCUGGAAGAGAGCCACCCGCAAGUAGUUUUCGUGGCCUCCAAUGGCAGAUAUGUCUCCAUCCGGCAAGGUAAAUCCAUUACCUUUCUGCUCUGUGUCAACGUCUCGGCCAAUCAGGAUGAAGAGACACACCACGAAACCUUCCAGAUACAGAUUGAUAAAGAAACCAAGAAGUGCAUCUUCCAUUCCAACACGGGCAACUACUGGACCUUGGUGUCGCAUGGGGGAAUUCAGGCCAUGGCCACGGAAGUAUCUGCUAGCACCAUGUUUGAUAUGGAGUGGCGUGGGCGCCGGGUAGCCCUCAAAGCUCACAAUGGCAAAUAUAUCUGCACCAAGAAGAAUGGACAACUGGCAGCUGUCAGUGAUGCAGUGGGGGAGGAUGAGGAAUUCGUUCUCAAGCUGAUCAACCGGCCCAUCCUGGUCCUUCGCGGGGCUCAUGGCUUCGUGUGCUACCACCGCAACUCCAACUUGCUAGACGCCAACCGUUCCGUCUAUGAUGUCUUCCAGAUCAUCUUCAACGACGGCGCUUACCAGAUCAAAGGCCUCGGUGGCAAGUUCUGGUAUGUGGCCACCAACGGCACCGUCUGCAGCGAUGGCGAGAUGUCGGAGGAUUUCUACUUCGAGUUCCGCGAGUGCAGCCGGGUGGCCAUCAAAGGGAAGAACGGCAAAUACCUCCGCGGCGACCAAGCCGGGACCCUGCGCGCUGAUGCCGACACCCUGCACCGGGCCACCCUCUGGGAGUACUGACGCCGGGCCACCUGCCGCGUAGCACCGUAGAUGCUCUAGCUUCCGCCACGGUAGCCAAGCCAGCUCAGAGCGGACACAGAGGUGGGGUAUUUGGCGGGGAGGGGGAAGUUGAGUGUUCCCACCUGGACUCCAGAGGCACGGUAAUAUACCCACAUCUUCCUCCGUGGAAAAGGACCUUGCUGGGACGGAGGGGUGGGGACCUCUCACCCUAUUCCCCAUAGUCUUAUCUGUCUAACCUUAGAAGCAGCACCCUAAUGCACAGCUCCCGGGAGGGUACGACACUGAUGUACCCAGGUCAGGAUUAAAGCGAUAGAGGCUCC